AUGGGGAAGAAAGUUGUUGGUCGGUCCGCAAAAGGAAAACAACCUAAAGGCAACCUAGAAAAAGUUGAUGAAGAUAGUUCUAAAUCUUUGAAGAAACGUGUUGUUUCUGAUCAAGUUGAAGAUAGGAAAGUGAAAAGGUUAAGAACUAAAAGUGGUAGUCCCAAAAUUUCUGAAGUUGGUGGAAUGAAGGGAGAAAUAGUGCAAGCGGAUAAAGGGGCUAAGGUUUGGGAAAACUGUUAUGCCAAGUCAAACUAUUUUAAUACGAAAUUCGUUGCAACUUGUAAUCAUAGUGUCAUUGCAAACCUGAAUAAGCAUUUGUCUGAUAGGCAGAAGAUAUCAUCAUCUACAUCCAGAAAGCCGUAUGCUUUGGAAGAAGCUUGUACAGUUUGGGAAAGGGUUUUGAUUGAUCAAAAAGAAGAAUCUACUUCAACCGAUAUGCCCUUAGGCACGGCCAUACAUAACAUAGAAAUCACACUUGGAAAGGGUGGACAAUUAGCUAGAGCAGCAGGUGCUAUAGCGAAACUGAUUGCAAAAGAGGAGAAAUCAGCCACAUUAAAAUUACCUUCUGGGGAGGUCCGUUUGAUACCCAAAAACUGCUCAGCAACAGUCGGACAAGUGGGGAAUGUUGGGGUGAACCAGAAAAGUUUGGGUAGAGUCGGAUCUAAACGUUGGCUAGGUAAGCGUCCUGUAGUAAGAGGAGUAGUUAUGAACCCUGUAGACCAUCCCCAUGGGGGUGGUGAAGGGAGGGCCCCAAUUGGUAGAAAAAAACCCUCAACCCCUUGGGGUUAUCCUGCACUUGGCAGAAGAAGUAGAAAAAGGAAUAAAUAUAGCGAUAAUUUGAUUCUUCGUCGUCGUAGUAAAUAGGAGAGAAAAUAGAAUUUGUUUCUUCGUCUUUAUAAUAUAAAAAAAUAGGAGUAAUUAAUUGUGGCACGUUCACUAAAAAAAAAUCCUUUUGUAGCCAAUCAUUUAUUAAGAAAAAUGAAUAUGCUUAACACAAAAGCGGAAAAAGAAAUAAUAGUAACUUGGUCCCGAGCGCUACCAUUAUACCUACAAUGAUCGGGCAUACUAUUGCUGUUCAUAAUGGAAAAGAACAUUUGCCCAUUUAUAUAACAGAUCGUAUGGUAGGCCAUAAAUUGGGAGAAUUUGCACCCACUCUAAAUUUUCGGGGACAUGCAAAAAAUGAUAAUAGAUCUCGUCGUUAAUAAUUAGUUAAUAUUUAGUUAAUAAAUAAUAAAAGUUAAUAUAGAUGCUUAUCGUUCAUUAGUGAGGAGUGAACCUUAUGAUAAAGAAGAGAAUGACAAACCUAUAUACAGAAG